UAUUAUUUUUCCCCCUCUCUCUUCAGCUUCACUCUUUCCAUGGCUUCUUCCUCUUCCUCUUCCUCCCAUUGUCUUUACUAGUUCCUCGUGGUUGAUCUGUCAUGGGUUUUUGAUUUCUUCAUAUUUUGGGGUUUCGUCUUAAGAUUUAUAUUGAGUUAUUGGAAGAAGGCAUGGUGAAAAUGGUGAAAGGUUAGGGUUUUUUUUAAGGUUUUUGGAUUUGGGUUAUAUUUGUUUCAUGAGUUUAUUAUGGUAUUUAUAAUGGUGGCAUCAUAGUGAAUAAGUAGUAGGGUUCUGUUGAAGCUUCGUAUUUGUUUUACAAUUUUAGUAAAGGUGAUAUUGUGAAGUGGGUAUGGUGGGAAAAGAGGAUGCUCCGGUUAAUCCUAGGGCUCCAUCAUGCCAGCUUUCUGGCUCUCGGAAAAUGUUUUGGCGUUCAGCUUCAUGGUCCUCUUCUCGAACAAGUGGUCAAAUUCCUGAAACUGAGGAUAAAGAUCUAGGCGCAGAUCCUAAUGGUAAUGAUGGUACUAAUAAUGGACCAACUCGCCGGUUUCCUCCUCCUCCUUUAACCCCGCGUUCGCAACAGAAUUGUAAGGCCAGGUCGUGUUUGCCACCUUUGCAGCCGUUGUCAAUUGCGCGAAGAAGUUUGGAUGAGUGGCCGAAGGCUGGUUCUGAUGAUAUUGGUGAGUGGCCACAGCCACCGACCCCAAGUGGGAACAAGAGUGGUGAGAGGUUAAAGCUUGACUUAUCGUCAAUUCAGCGGAACAAUGAUAAGAAUGGUGGGCUUUUGAAGAGGGAUAAGAUUGCUUUCUUUGAUAAAGAAUGCUCAAAAGUGGCAGAGCAUAUAUAUCUAGGUGGAGAUGCUGUUGCGAGGGACCGGGAAAUACUUAAACAGAAUGGGAUUACUCAUGUUUUAAAUUGUGUUGGCUUUGUGUGUCCGGAGUAUUUCAAGGCUGAUUUUGUUUACAGGACUCUGUGGCUGCAAGAUAGUCCAUCAGAGGAUAUUACUAGCAUACUUUAUGAUGUUUUUGAUUAUUUUGAGGAUGUUAGGGAACAGGGUGGAAGGGUUUUUGUUCAUUGCUGCCAGGGUGUAUCAAGGUCCACAUCAUUGGUCAUAGCAUAUCUUAUGUGGAGAGAGGGACAGAGUUUCGAUGAUGCCUUUCAGUAUGUAAAGGCUGCAAGAGGAAUUGCAGAUCCAAAUAUGGGUUUUGCUUGCCAGUUGUUACAGUGCCAAAAGAGGGUCCAUGCAUUCCCAUUGAGCCCCAGUUCUUUAUUGAGGAUGUAUAGAAUUGCACCUCACUCACCAUAUGAUCCUUUGCACCUAGUCCCUAAAAUGCUGAAUGAUCCGUCCCCUUCUGUGCUGGAUUCUAGAGGUGCAUUUAUUGUUCAGAUACCUUCUGCAAUAUAUAUUUGGAUUGGUAAAAACUGUGAAUCUAUCAUGGAAAGGGAUGCACGAGGUGCCGUUUGUCAGAUUGUUCGGUAUGAGAGAGUGCAUGGGCCUAUAAUAAUGAUAAAGGAAGGAGAAGAACCAGCAUAUUUUUGGGAUGCUUUCUCAAACCUUUUACCUUUGAUGGAUAAAUCUGGAAACAAAGUUGAGGUUGGGGAGUCUGCUGUUAAGAUUUGCGGUGAGAGGAAAGUGGAUGCAUAUAAUGUUGAUUUUGAGAUUUUCCAGAAGGCUAUUAAGGGAGGUUUUGUCCCUCCAUUUGCUUCAUCGGAGAAUGAACAUGAAACCCACCUACCUGCAAGAGAAAGCAGUUGGAGCAUGCUUAGACGUAAGUUUGCCUCUGGCGUAAUGAAGGAGUUUGUCUCAGCACCAAAGAUAUUGCUCUCCAGGGUUUAUUCAGAUUCCAUGAUGAUUGUUCACGCGUCAUCACCGUCAUCGACAUCAUCCUCAUCAUCUUCAUCUUCCUCACCUCCUUAUCUCUCUCCUGAUUCUAUAUCUUCUGAUUCAAGUACUUGUUCGAAGUACUUUUCAGAAUCCUCUCUGGACUCACCUUCAGCCAUUUCAUGUUCGCUUCCAGUUUCUUCAACUUUGUCUAACUUUUCUAACUUGUCUCUCGUUCCAUCCCAAAGUUCUUCUCACCCCAAAUCUAAUAGCUCAGAAAUUGUCAGUGUCAAUCUCACUUCGCAGCCUUGUUCGCAGACUGCAUCUUCACCCCUAAAAAAGGUUUCACCUUCCCUUGCAGAACGUCGAGGCAGUUUGUCAAAGUCUCUCAAGUUGCCAGUAAUGAGUGAUAAUGUAAGAGUAACAAAUGAUCCACCAUGUUUUAUAGUCAAGCAAGAUGGGGUCAGGAUAAAUGAAAACACUAACUCAUCAUGUGAGUCAGAUAUCGAAAUUGUCUUUGAUUCCAAGCGUGGUGUUAGAAAUUGCGGGGAUCGUUUGAUUCAAGGUUCCAAUUUGAAGAUAUCUCCAGGUAGAAUAGCUAAUGCUGACUCAUGUGAUAAGCAACCUACUUUUGUUAAUAGUUGUUGUGAACCUUGGAGAAAUUAUCCUUCCCAGGAUGGUUUUGGAUCUGCUGACCCAAAUAGAAUGGAGGAAAGAAUCCCAGCAUGCCCUGGUGUAAUUCAACCUUUAGUAUGUCGCUGGCCCAGCAUAGAGAGGAUGACAAAAUUUAAUAGAAGUGAUCUAGAUUCAAAAUCUGCUUUUGCAAUUUUUUCUCCAACUACAGCUGUAGGCAAAAAUGAAGAUAGGAUUCUAUAUUUUUGGGUAGGAAGGUCUUUUCAUCAUGACAAAAGCUUGAUUCAGUUUAGCAGCAGAGUGCUAGGGGAUAGAGAAGAGAUUGACUGGAACCAAGUUUGUUAUCAUGUUCUAACUCAAGUGGGUCUGCCGAAGGACACCCCAGUUAAGAUUGUUAAAGAAGAUGAAGAACCUACAGAAUUUCUUGCAUUGCUGAGGACAUUGUAGCUCUGCAAUUUGGGAGAGAUCUGCAGGCCAAUAGUUUAUAGAUCAUCUUCCCAUUUUUUCGAAUGGUUUAUUUUUGCUCUGGAAUUUCAGACAUCAAGUGUAAUUCACAUGGCAAAACCAAUGAGGUAACUGCUCUUGGAAAAGACCCUGUGGCAAUUCACCUGGUUGUACAGCACCAUAACACCAUUGUAACCGAUAAUCAUUUGUUUCACAGACUGUUAUUGUAUAUUUCAGUUUUACUAGAAACAGAUUCUGAAGGCUAGUCGCAGCCAAAAUAGAUACCCUUGUAAUUUCCCUUUUGUGGGCUACUCCCCUUUUCAUUUUAUUCUAAUUUUCAUCACUGUUCAAUUUAAAACUUUCUGCUAAGGCAAGGUUCUGGCAGGAACUUUCUAAGG